UAGGGUCUCAUUUGAGCGUAGCUUUGUUUGGCAGUUGGCUUGCUGUCAAUCGGAAAAUGGCAGCGACGAGUGUUGUCGUUCUGGACAGAGGCAACAAUACAACUUGUACCGUAAAUCUUUUCGGUGCUACAGUGGUAUCAUGGCGGGUUAAUAAUCAAGAACAAUUAUUUGUAAGUAAACAGGCCGUAUUCGAUGGGAAGAGGGCGAUACGAGGAGGAAUACCAUUCGUAUUUCCUCAAUUCGGUCAAUGGGCGUUCGGACCCCAGCAUGGGUUCGCGCGCGUGGCUCGCUGGCACGUCGAGAAGAUGCCAGAGAGACUGCCGUCUGGAGACGUGGAAGCUGUCUUCAGUCUCAUGGAUGACGACUUCACUAGAUCCAUGUGGCACUUCCAGUUCAGAUUGACUUACCGGCUCAUACUCCGCGAGAAGGAGUUGCACUUCAACAUCGGCGUGUACAACCCCAGCAAGGAGUUGACCUUCAGCUGUCAACUGUUACUGCACACGUACUUCAAGGUGCCGGACGUGAGGCGCUGUCAGAUAACCGGCAUGCACGGCUGUAUGUUUAUUGAUAAGACCCGUGAAGGCGCCGUGUACCAGGAAACCCGCGAGGUGGUCACCAUCAAUGAGUGGACGGACCGCGUGUAUCAGAACACGAUGCAGGAGCACAUCAUCACCAACGUGGUCAGCGGCCGGAAGAUGAGGAUACAGAAGUACAACUUCCCAGAUACAGUGAUUUGGAAUCCUUGGGCGGAGUUCGCUAAGGAGAUACCUGAUUUCGGUGACGACGAGUUCCCGAACAUGGUGUGUGUGGAGGCGGGCCGGGUCGCUGCACCCAUUGUGCUGCUCCCAGGGACGGCCUUCGAAGCCUCACAAAUAUUACAGGUGAUGUAACCAAGGGACACCAAGCUCCAAAGCCGUCCACUGAGCGUGUCAAUUCGCCUGAUUAUAACUAUAAUGACAAUAUUAGCCCCAACUAACGUACCCAUGUUUUGAAUAUUUGCCGGAUAAUAUGUAGAGACUGUAACGAAUAGGAACCAACAAACUGUAAACGAAGUUAGCCUGUAAUGACAUGAUAGCAACGGUUACUUAUAACUGAUGUCAUGUGUAAUGACUUCCCUUUGAAUGUUUUCCACAUAUGAACAUUAAUUUUGCCAUGAGUUUAAAACGUUGAAUGUUAAAGCCUCUUAGGUUUUAUGAAGUAAUUUAAGAUGUUAAUGCAAGGAACUACAGCUGUUAUACAGUUCUACAGCUUAUGUAAGGUUUUGUAAUAGAUAUUCCAGAACAUUCCAUGGCCAACAUUACUUUUACACUAAUAACUAUACGAGUAUAUAUAUGUACUUCCUCAUGAUACCUUCUAAGCGAUGCAUUUCAUGUGUGCUUCAUCUUCCUUGUACGUCUCAAAGACUUACCCUUUGUCUUCCAGUCGUUUUGUUUCUUGUUCUGUCAUAUUUCCUAUACUUUAGGGCGCCUGUUAAUUUUUGUUAAGUAUUGACGUUAAUGGCAGUUAUGAUAAAUGUUCAAUGAUUUUUCAAUAUUCCCUCAUGAUAUAAAAUAAUUUUUAAACGCUAUGAAUGCUUUUAUAACUAAGGAAUGGUUGUAAAAAGAAUUUGAAACAAUACUCAUGACAAUACUUUGAUUAGUAACUUAUUUUUUUUUUUUUUAUAUAAGCUGUGGUUUUAAUUUAUACUCUAGUUAUGUAAUAGAUCAAUGUACACAUCGGCUUCCUCAUAUAUUACAGCACAAGAGAUUUCAUACCGAGUUCAUAAGACAGAAAAAAAUAAUGAGUUAUAAAUGUACAUAAUGAAGACAGUUGUACAAAUUUGUUAUUUUUUUUAAGUACAUUAUAUUUUGUACAAUUUUUUUUUUUCUUCAUUUGGAAACGUUUUGGAGGCUUUUAAAGUAUACGACAAAUAAUAUAAGAAUACGUACUUAGAUGUAAUAAGUUCCUUGUUUUUUAAGAUUUAAUUACAUUUAUCACGGGAAUAAAGAAAUAAAAUGGUCAUUUGCUAUACAUUACUAUUAUAUGACGUUAAUUUGCUCGUUCCCAUAAAGAUUGGUAUUUGGUCUUCCUGCAAAUAGCACUUGCUAUGGAAUAACUUUAGAGCUCGUGAUGUCCUUAUCAUUUACAACGAAUUUUAACUCUCUUAUAUUUGAAUGUACGAAUAUCAUUAAGGUGGUUUUAAACAUCUAAAUUAGCAACAGUGUACUUCCAUAGGUGCAAUAAAGUGAAGUAAUUAGC